AUGCCGACCCAGCCGAACGCGACCCUUUCCAAGGACUCGCUAGAAGACGGGUUGGUCGGUGGCCAAACGAGGGAAAACAGCGCGGCCACAGGAUGGGGAAGCCGGCGGGGCGAGGAGUGGCGCAGCCGUGUUCCUCGGACCGGUGCCGGCGGCGGCGCCGGAGGUCGUGUACCUCCCCGGGAGGAAAGAGAUGAGGGUUCGCCCCCUCAAACACUGUCGGCGCUGCGGCGGGAAGCCCUGGACCCUACCGAUGACGAGGAGCAGGAUGAAAACGAGCAGUGGGAGGGCGGCGGUGGCGGCGGCGGCCGCGCCGGCGCUGCGGCCGGCGGCAGCGGCGGCGGCAACCCCGCGCGGGGGGUGCCGAACAAGCUUUUCGUGCGCCGACGCUCCGAGAGCUUCAAGGAGUCGGUGUCGACCGGCCUCGCGCACGCCAUCGCCGAGAUGCAGGCCGGCCUCCCGAGCGACGAUGACAUGGUCGGCGUUCAGGACGUUUGUCGCCAGGGCGCGUCGAAGGAGAAGCGAAACGGCGGCAACCAACAAGCGACCCCCACGGAGGGCUCGUGGUCGGCAGGCGCCGACAGCGGCGGCGGCGGACUCCUCAAGAGUGACGAAGUCGGAGGGAGCUUGAACGCGGGGGCGGCAGGGAGGCCUUGGCCGAGGACGAACCCGAACCAGCUCCCGGUUGGUAUGCUGUCGGAAGGGUCUUCCGUCGCCUCCUCGGCGGAGGGGUUCGAACUCCCGGAGAGUUUUUCCAUGGGCUUGAUUGCGAAGGAGGGCGGCGGGCGAGGGGAGCGGCGCGGGCCGGCCGGGGGCGGUGGCGCUAGCCCGAUCGGCAGCCAGGCGUCAAGGGCGAGCAGCAAGAAGAAGAGGGGCAGCAGCAGCGGUGGCAAGAGCAGCCGUUCCAAGGGCGUCAGCGGCAGGGGCUGGGACAGCCAACCGCCGCCGGAGACGAAGUCCCGCCGCGGGCGGCGGAGCGAGUCGCGGGUCACGCGCGGCACGCGGCCGGAGCGCGAGGCGGGCGGGUCGGGCAGGCAGUGGCAGCAAGGCGGCGGCGGCGGCGGCGGAGCCAAUGACGGCCAGGGGUCGCAGCAGCGGACGGCGGCUGACGGGCGGGGGGGGCGGCAGACCGGCCAGCCUUCCCCCGGGGCGCCGCUCAGGGUGGGGGCCCGGGAGCUGCGCAGGGGCGGGAGCAGCGGGAGCUCCCGGCGGGGACGGAAGAAGAAGACCGGAAGCGAGGACCGCGGAGCCGCCGCCACGGCUGCGCGGGGAUCAGGCGGCAGGGGCGAGGUUGGGGCGCGAGCCGGCGUGGUGGGCUCGGGUAGGUUUCGGCUGGGUCGGGUCGGGCGAGGCAGCGGCAUGACGGGGGGCCGGGCGGGUGGACGGGACUGGAGCGGGAAGGAGCUGAGUCGCAAUGAUUCGACUGUAUCGAGCGAGGGCGACGAGAUGCACUACGUGAACCCGAUGAACCUGAGGAGGAGAUCCGCUCCCCACAUCAACUCGCACCCGAAAGGCGGCAGCGGUGGCGGUGGCUCGAGGAGUGUACACCCUGAACAUCGAGGGCAUGGGCUGCCCAACCUCCUGCGCAAGUUCACAUUCCUCCGGCGGUCAUGGCGCGGCGGGAAGCAGCAGAGGCAGGGAACCACAGAACGCGGCAAGGGCGGCCUGAACAACGGCACCAUGAACUACGACCAGCGCAUGGAGUUCCUGGCGGAUAAGGCGUUGAGGACUUCAGUCGGCGGGAGGGGUAGCGGGGACGGGGUGGUUUCGGGGCUGGAAGAGCUGGGGUUGGGAGCAACGGCGGACUUCGACGGGGACGAGCUGGACAUGGCGUGCAGGCGGUUGCUGGACGCGCUGUGGAUGUCCGCCAAGCGGGGUUCAGACACCCUCCAGCUCUCCGUCGUGGACGGCCGUGCCCUGCUCUCCGGCCUACUCAUGGGCCUCGCCCCACCGCCACCCCUCGAGAUCGACCCCGCGACAGGCAAGGCGCAGGAGAAGGAAAAGGAGGAGGAGUUGUCACCGUCGCCGCUUGUUGACCUGGGGAUUCCCCUGCCCAGAGGCGUGUCGACCGACUUCUCGUACGCAGUUCGGUUGGGUGUAUAUGCACGUAUCAGCAACCUUCCACAAGCGCUAGCGGCACUAACGGCGGCAAGGGCGGCGGGCACCGCGGCGAAACAGUUCGGGUCUACGCCGGGUCUCCACCAGAAGGCGAUGAGGCCUAUUCUUGUCGGGGCGUCCGGGCCGUUCGCAAGGGCUGCUAGGGAGGCCGGCCGGGGAGGGAGUUCCCGGGAGGGGAGCACAAGGUCAUCGUCGAGCGCGAGGCGGCGAGAGAAGGCGGCCCUGCAGCGGGCGAUGGAGUUGGCCAUGGGAGUCGAGAGCGAGAAGGAGGUUAAGGCACGCCGGAUGCGCGAGAGGGCUAGAGAAGGGGCGACUACGGCUAUGAAGGACAAGAUGCCCAGCGGCGAGGUAGAUAAGCACAAGGAGUGGCUGGCCUCCCCGUACAGACCGGCCCCGUCGGAAGCCCGGGUGCAAGGGCGACAGCUCGCGUCCCGCGCCCGCGUUCACCGCGAGCUGCGCAACGCCAGCGCGGCCGUCGGUCUCUCGCUGGGAAGCGGCGGCGGCGGCGGCGGCGGCGGCGGCAAGCGGGGCACGUCGCCGGUGGGGGGCUCCGAGAAGGGGGCGGGCAGCGGCGGAGGAAGCUCAAGCGGAAGCGCUCGCUGCACUCAGCUAUGGCGGUCGUGUGGUGAAAGGGAAUCGAAUGGCCUACCGUCCAUACUUAUGGGUUAGUCACUCCCUAGGACCGUGCAUAUAGUGCCGAGGCAAACUCGGUUGGGCGGACUGGGCGUCGUGGGAUAUAGGUGGCGGGUUUGCUCCCAUGGUAGAAGAGGGUGAAAUCGAAGAUGUAGGUAUUGUGUGGUUUUCUCCCGCUUCAUGGUGUUUGUGCCUUUUGGUCGUCCGAGUGCAGCAGAUUGGUUAUCCUUGAACGGGGUUUGCACUCUGCCGGAACAUUCUUUCCAAGCGCGAGGGGGGACACGCGAACGUUAAGGGUAGCAUUGGGUGUUAGAUUGGCGGUUAUAACGUAGCCUAUGGGGAAAGUCAGAGAGUACCAUGCAUUUUUAUCUGAGAUAUUUUCUCCGUGUUGUUUUAUUCGGUUGUCGCUGCUUUGCGUUGUGCAUUCAGUCUUGAUGUUGCACCCUUUUCUACCUACUUGAGUCCAUCCGGCCUAUUGAUGUGGACGCGUGUGGAUUACGGUGAGAGCAGGGUGUUGGGGGGGACAGGGCCCUGUGGAUGAGAACGUGGGGGUAUUGUAUGUCAAAGACACGGGUGCACGUUUUGUUUUUGUUUGACUGUCGAAGGAGUAUUGUUUGACUCACUUACCAGUGAGCGCUGGAGGGCUGCUGUGAGUUGGUCGUGAUGCCGUAGGAACUGCAACUGCAAGGGUGCUGACCUCGCAUCUGAGGGGGGCACACUGACUGGGCAGGGUCAGGUGUUAGACGGGUACGUGCGAUGGAAACACGGUGCACGGAUCGCUGUUCCUACAAGCUUUUUGAAGUCUGGGUUAUGGUCGAACCCGGCGUUUUCACACGUUCGCAGAGCAAGAUGACGUCUGCUGGGUAUCGGUUUGGCAACUGACCGGGGCGGAGUGACAGCGGCGGCUGGGUGUACGAUAUCCACACGCGCGUCGAGAACCACGCCUCCAAGAGAUCGUAAUAUACGUCGCUCUCGCCAGCGGAUUUACAGUAAAUUAGCGGAAAAGGGAAGAUAUUUGAUGGUACUGGAAUUUUUUCUACUUGAACCUCGUGCGAAUCGGCCUACGCUAGAUAUAGAUCAGACGCAACAGCGGGUGAGUGGGAUGCCGCGCACGCGACUUAUGUAGUUGUAGCUUGAGUUGGUACUCUCCUUUGUUUUUGUGCGUGUUUUUUUGGACUGGCGAAUGACUACUGCUGUACCUCGUGUCAUCUGAAUCUGGUGGCGGUAAUAAAACCAAACGCAACACGCAGUGUGUGCUCAUCUGGCUCCCCAGCGGUUGGUUGCCCUGCAUGAUUACUUCCGUGUAACCGUUAUCUUUAGUGUUUUUCCUUGGUUGUUUCUUGGGGGUGGUGCAGAAAUUUUCCUUGGUUGUUCCUUGGGGGU